AUGCCUUCCUUAGCUUCGCAACGUCUUCCUCAAGAGAAAUAUGCCAGAGUCGAAGACUGGAUCUUGAGAGAUGACGAAGACGCGCCGAGAUUCUACAGGAAACUUCUUGCAGACCAGACUUCGAUUCGUGCAACGCAGCCCAAAGCUCUCGCCCAGAGCAAUGCUGACGCUACCUUGCCAGAGGUCGGAGGAUGCUCACCCUCCCAUCUCGCCGAUGCAAAGCCUACUGCACUGCAGGAUGAGAAGCUUGAUAGAUACGAGCGCCGUAUGAGGCACAAAACCAAGGACGACCGAUAUGACUAUAAAGAGACCAAGGUCCAGAAGAAGCUCGAACGUCUUUCAAAGCAUCUCAGGCGAGCAAUCGCCCACAAGUUCCAUGCGCCCAAUGUGGCCCAAGAUCGAUUGACGAUCAACCAUCGCCAAGACUUGGGAAUCUUCAAGAAGGGAAAGACCUCUUCCCCUAUCAAAUCUAGAGUCCCCAUACUUGGCUUUUCAGAGGAAGACUUCCUGGCAGGAAAAUCUCAAAGCCUGAUCCCUCGGAAUGAUGUAUCUGAGACGUAUUUCGGACCGCUCCCAGAUCGUGACAUAGCAGAUACAACCAGACGCGAGAUGCAGAAAUCAAUUCGUCAUGAAGAUCACCGGUCACAACACGGCACAGAUGGGAAAAAUGGAAACGUGCUAAGAAAUGCUAUGAGAUCGCCACGUACUGCCUUGGACCUGUCGUCAGACCCCGACCUGGAAAGCCACACUAGAAAUCUUCUGCGGGUUAAUUUCCGCUCUCCCACGAAAGCCACUCCGGGAAAAAGGCUAUGGACUCUGGAGGAUUUACACCGCUUACUCAGGGAGAGAGAGACCCUCUGGGACUCGGGGAAGAAUGAUACUCAAGCCUCGCAACGCAGCAGAAUAUCUCUUAACAGAGACUUUCUCAAACGCAUGUCCUCGUCAUCGCCCAUGCGAACCGCAACCACUGCGCCUAUGCCGCCCAAGAAGAUUCAAAGAACUGGAAGAGGACAUGCAAUUCAGCGGGAGCACAGAGAUCCAGGCAUCAAGUCUCGAGCUACGAUAUUAUCGGCAAAUUCUAAAACGCCUCCAGAAUACGCACACCGACAGGAGGAAUCCUUGCGGAAAGUCACCAGAGACUGGAUCACUCCGACAAAGUCAUCUCAGCAUAUAUUACCCUGUGAAGUUUUACAGAAUGAAAGGCCCAAUAUGCCAGAUGUGCCAUAUUCUGAGGGCAAGGAUGAAGUGUGCCGUCAGGUUUCUUGCGAUGCCCAAUCGAACUCGACGUUUGUCACUUCAAGCGGGCAUAAUGAGAUCAUCGAUGACUGCUUCCCAUUGAGUCCCAGCAAGGUGGACUAUGCUGCCCUCGAAGCUGCGUGUGACGCCAUUUUGGCUUCCGAAUCGAACUUCUUCGAACCUCUUCAGGAAAGUUUCAGAGAGAUUUCCGCUUCAAGUUUCGAGCCUGGGAUUCCAACACGGAGGUCGGAGAGUGCUCUGGAAAGAAAGCCUUCAGCCAGGGAUACACAUGAAGACACGCAUGGCUACGCAAAUGACGAUCGGACAUGCUACUACUUGUCAAGCCAUUCGGCGGACAGGUCGUGGAAAGCCCCGGCAAGCGGUGCGGUGAGAGAUGUGCCUCUCUCAAGGUACAUUACGACAAUCUAUGACGGCGGUCUGUUCACUGAGAAUGAACAAAUGCAAACGCGCGCUGAGUUUACCACCCAUGCAGAAGGCUGCUUGGAAUGCAGACUGCGACAAGGCUCUGGCUCGCAUUGCGAGCCCACAAGGCUACAAAUUGAUGUCAGCGAUGAUCUGAGAGGGUUUUGGCAGCGAAGGAUGUUGUAUUGA